GACUUUAGUUUUCACAGACUGGAUCACAUGAAAUACCUGGGUUGCCGAUUUUGGUCUCGAAAAUGUGGUGCAACCAUUUAAUGAAGUCUUGCCUCACUGCAUCCAGCAACAUUAAAGAGGAAGUUCUGUUUUAUUCCGGCGGUAAUCCCAACCGUCUGGGUCUCUCCUUCGAACGUCUAAGAUGUGUCAAAGGAAUUAUUCACCCCUUCACGAGGUUCACGUAGGAAUCCACGUUGAUGUCCGUCCCCGCCGGCCAUUCUAGCCAGUUGCUGGGGCAUGAAUGGUAUCCCGAAUGGUAGACGGGAUUAGAGCCAACAGCACAGACAGAAAAGUGAAGAGCCAGACGGAGGAAAAAAAGAGAGAGGGGCCACUUGUCUACAGUGUCUCUCUGCCACACUUUCAUCAAAGAUACACCUGAAUGGAUAUAGAUCAUAUGUUAACCCUUUCCACUCUUAUCAUGUAUUUUUCACAGUAAUGCUAAUUUUGGUGUCCAGACAAGUGAACGUGAGGGGUGAGGUGAACACGUAAAUGGAUGAAGAGGCAUUUUUCACAUGCUUAAUAAUCUGACCAAGAUGAAACGUUUUUGACGAGAUCAAGCAGAUUAAAAUUCGACCUCUAGUCUAGGACAUGUUACCGCCGCCAACACUAACUGUUUGUUGUUGUUAUGUCUGCAAGAGUUUAUCAGAGCCCAUUGGAUUAGCAUAACCUCAUGAAAAUGAAAGCGGCACCUAACUGGAUUAAAGAAACUUGAAUAAGGAGGUGCCUGCUGUGUAACCAACGGUGAUGCGAGAGAGAUUUCCCAUUGUCUGUGCUUUUGCUUUCUUUUCCUUCCAGCUAAUCCUCGGCUAUUCUCACCGACGACCUUGAGCUCAUUCCUAAUCUGGCCGUGCAGAGAGAGAGAAAGUGUUUGUGUUAUGGAGAGUUUGGAAAUACAGUGUCUGUCUGAUGGGUGUAGUUGAACUCCAGGUAUGAAUGAGCCUCAUGUGCAGCAGUCAGCUGGGCUCGAUGGGAAUCUGGCUCCUGUGGUUCUGGUGCAACCUGAGACCUUCACAGAUCCUGCACAGGAAGUCCUUCACAGUAAUUCUUAUGUCUGCUCUGUGAUUCCUGCACACGGAGACAACAGUCUGCCUGUGGAUGAGCCGUUAUGUCGUAUCUGUCAUGAGGGCAGCGGUGGGGGCGAUCUGUUAUCUCCCUGCGAAUGUGCCGGGUCUCUGGCGAUGGUUCAUCGUGUUUGUCUGGAGCACUGGCUCACGGCCUCCGGCACCAACCACUGUGAGCUGUGCAAAUAUCAGUUCGCUCUGGAGAAGCGUCCUAAACCACUCAUUGAGUGGCUCACGGCACCUUCGGUGCAGCACCAGAGGAGAACCCUGUGCGGAGAUGCGAUCUGUUUCCUGUUCAUCACGCCCUUAGCCAGUUUAUCUGGCUGGCUGUGUGCGCAGGGAGCCGUGGAUCUGUACUAUAGCAACAGCAUGGAAGCUAUUGGACUUAUUGUUCUUACACUGACCCUGUUCACUAUUUACCUCUUCUGGACUCUUGUGACCUUACGUUACCAUGUUCAUCUUUUCAGGACAUGGAACACAACAAAUCCCAGCGUCCGACUCCAGAUUCCACACCACAUAAAGACCCCCUCAGAGGUGGAAAGUAACGAAUUACAUUUACUCACGUUAGUGUAAUUGAGAAGUUUCUUUAUGUACUUCUACUUUUUUAAGAUACGUAUACGUUUUUAAAAUCUGUCAUUUUACUUUAAUUUAAGUAUGUUUUGUUUAAAGUAUUGUACUUCGCUACAUUUUAAAUCAUAUCCGUUACUAAGUAAAAAAAUAAAAACUGCAGUGAUAAAGGCACACCACAGACGAUUGAUUGAUGGGCGCGGAGAACGCCCUAAACUCACAAAAGAACCAUGAAGACAGACGAGACAGGCGCAAGCCUGUCAAUGAUUUUUUUGUCCCAAUUGGUUCGUUCCAAACAGAAACAGUUUUUUAACGUUUUUGGUUCAAACCUAAAAUUUGGCGUUUCUGAACCGAUUAGAACAAAAAAUAAAGUUCCUGAGCCGGUUAAUAACGUUCCAUGUCAUCUGUGGGACAUACAAAUAAGUGGGCUGAUCAUUAGGACAUUAAACUUAAAUUAUUACAUAAUUUUCCUUCAGUCUCUAUCUUGUCAUCGAACUUUAAAAAGGCUACAUUAUGUAAGCAGCAUAACUGUAAUUCUGGCAUGCCUACAUUUGUUGAAUUGUUUUUUUAAAGGAUUCAAAUGUUACUGAUAAAGUUAGUUAGAUACGUUAGUCUAGUUAGUUGUAGAUAGUAUACUUAGUUUAAUUAUCACAAGGUAGUUUACUUGGUUAGGUAAACUAACCCAGUUAACCUAGUUACUUAGUUAAGUAACUAAGUUAGUUUACUUAGAUUAAGUUAGCCAAGUUAGUUAAGGUAAAGUUAGAUUAAGUUAGUUAGAUUAGUUAGUUUAGUUAGCUUACUAAGUUUAGUUAAGGUUAGUUAGUUUACUUACUUUAGUUAGUUAAUGUAAAGUUAGUUAAGUUAGAAUAGGUUAAUUAAGUUAGUAGAGAAGUUUAGUUAGUUAAGUUAGGUUUAGUUAGUUUACUUUGUUUAGUUAGUUAAGGUAAAGAUACUUAAGCUAGUUAAGUUAGAUUAAGUUAGUAUAGGCAUCUUAGUUAAGUUAGUUUACCUAGUUUAGUUGGUUAGUUAAGUUAGAUACGUUAGUUCAGUUAGUGUAGUUAGUUUAUCUAGGUUUAGUACAUUUGAUUAGUUUACUUAGUUAAGUUAGUUUACUUGGUUUAGUUAGAUAGGUAAGUUAGAUAAGUUAGCUUAGUUAGAUUAGUAAGGAUUAGUUAGUUUAGUUAGGGGUAGUUAGUUUACUUGGUUAGUUAAGUUAGUUUAGUUAGUUAAUGUAAAGCUAGUUACAUUAGUUUACUUAGUUUAGUUAGUUACAUUAGAUUUAGUUAGUUAAGGUAAAUAUACUUAAGACAGUUAAGUUACAUUAAGUUAGUUAAGUUAAUAAAGGGUAUAUUAGUUAAGUUAGUUUACUUAGUUUAGUUUGCUUAGUUUAGUUAGGGUUAGUAAGUUUACUUGGUUAGUUAAGUUAGUUUACUUAGUUUAGUUAGUUAAUGUAAAGUUAUCUGGGUUAGAUUAAGGUAGUUAAGUUAGAAGAGGUAUCUAAGUUUAGUUAGUUAAGUUAAGUUAGUUUACUUAGUUCAGUUAGUAUAUAUAAGUUGGUA